AUGGCGAUGGCGGUUAUGAUUUUGGUGCGGAAUACUGCGGGUAUGGUGGUGCUGGGGGCGGGAUUGUCCUUGUAUGCAUAUAGCAAAUUGGGGUUUGAGUGGGAAAAUUCUGGAUUGGGGUUUAUGGCGCUUGGUUUUGUUUUGGUGUCGUUGUUUUUGGUGAGGUUUGGAGAGGAGUAG